CUUGCUUCAGCUUUCUCCCGGAACCGUGCAGGAAUUCACAAGAAUCGAAACUUAUUUUUUAUAUAACUAUCGGCUCGGUGAUCGGUAUGAUUUGUGAGUCGGCUUUCAUUGUCAGUUGUAAAGAAAAACUGCGAAAGGGAGCUAAUGAGUGGAAAGAGGCGGGGUAAACCCAACCAGGGUGGAGGACAGUUCAAUAAACCCAGAGGAGGAGGAGGAGGAGGAGGAGGAGGUAGGAAAUCUGCUGGUGGAGGCUGGGAUGAUGGAGAUGAUUUCAGUCUGGAUUUUGGACCCAGUCGGCCCUUCAAACCUGCUUCAUCCAGAGGUUCAAGAGGAAGAGGAGGAGGAGAUGCCCGAGGGGGCCGUAGAGGUGCUGGCAGAGGAAGAGCUGUGGCACCGCCCAGAAAAAAUGUGGACGAGGAUUGGAAAGAAAGAUUCAUACCCGAACAGGUGCAACUGCCCUUGCAGAAGAUACACAUGACAUCAGAAAACAGACUACAGGUGAAAGAACUGCUGCGAGAACUUCAGAACCAGGAGUGCAACACACCCUGUAGUGGCUCCGAUUAUGAAGGAGGGGAGGAGGAGGAGGAGCUGGACCAUCGUGAGGAAGGUCAGUUCUGGGUAACUCACAAAGAUGGUGUGGAAUAUGCCGAAGAUGGUAACUGGAUGGAAGACGCGGUUGAGAAGCACACAAAGCCAGAGCCGGUGGUAUCCCUGUUUGCUCUUGGAACUCUUUGCAGGUAUGGGUUUGACCGAGAGCGUAGCAGACAAGCUUUAGAGGCGGGAACCGAAGGAGAAAGUGGGCGUGGUGAGGUCGGAGCGACAUUAGAGCUCCUCCUCUCCCAGAUGUUCACAGAACGUUUUGGCUCCAGAGCUCUCAGCCCUCAGACAUCUGACCUCCCUUCACAAGAGGAGUGUGUAGCUUUGCGACAGGAAGAGGCCUUCGCUUUGACUGCAAUCUAUGGGGAACGCUUCUGUGAGCGCAUCAGUGAUCGUGUUUGGACUAUUAAUCUUGAUUUGCUCUGGCUGGAUGAAGGGCAGUGCAAGAUUUCAGACUUGGCGAAUCACAAACAAUCAGGAUCGAAUCAGAUUUGCAAGUUUUACCUAAAGGAGACCGGUUGUAAGUUUGGUAAACGGUGCAAAUUCAAGCACCAAAUGCCAAAGCCAUCUGAAUCCAGCACGUCCAGAGAAUCCUGUUGGCCUAGUGAACCAGGGUUUAGCAGCAAAGAACCUCCCAUUUACCAGCUGGAGAUCCGCUUCCAGCCGGGCAAAUUAUAUCCUUUUCAACCUCCACUUGUGGCGUUCAGUACCACCGAUGAAUUGCUUUCAGGGGCGGGUCGCCUCAGUGUGACAGAGUACCUCUUUGGUCAGUCGCUCAGUGCUGCACAGGAAGGUGAGCCAGUGGUCUACAUGCUUAUUUCCUGUCUGGAGGAGGAUGGACCUGUCAGAGAGCUGCUGUCAACUGCUCGUCACAAGUACAGUGCUCCACCCCCUGUGCUGGCUCUACCCACUGUCAUUCCGGCAAGGAACCACAGCACUAAAAACAGCAUAGACAACAAGAUUGAUAGAGAUCGAUCAAACAACACCACAGAGACCAUAAACCAUAGAGUGAGACAAAAGCAAGAUGCACCACUCAAAAGAGAGGAUAUCAAUGAUGAAGAGGGUGAUGAUGAAGAGGAUGAGGAAUGUAUCCCGGUGGAAAACGAGAGCUAUGUUAACUUACGAAAGAGGAUGGUGAAGAAACUGGAGCUCAAAACUGAGCAAAUACAACAAGAGAACAAGAAACUCUGCAGGGAGUUCAAGAAGAAACAGUCUUCUAGGCGGUAUACAUCUAUGCAGGAGCAGAGGCAGAAGCUGCCUGCAUGGCUGAAGAGAGAGGCCAUAUUGGAGUGUUUGGAUAAGAACCAGGUACUCGUCAUCAGUGGAAUGACAGGGUGUGGGAAAACCACUCAGGUUCCUCAGUUUCUCCUUGAUAAUUUUCUCCGGACUGGGCAGACGGACAGAGUGGCCAACAUUAUUUGCACUCAGCCACGGCGAAUCUCUGCCAUCGCUGUGGCGACCCGAGUGGCCCAGGAAAGAGCAGAGGCCCUGGGUCACUCAACAGGCUACCAGAUCCGCCUGGAGACUGUCAGGUCAUCCAGCACCAGGCUGCUGUUCUGCACCACUGGUGUGCUGUUGCGGAGGUUAGAAGGUGAAGCUGAGCUCGGUGGAAUCACACAUGUGAUUGUGGAUGAGGUUCACGAACGAACAGAAGAGAGUGACUUCCUGUUGCUGGUUCUGAAGGAUCUGAUUGUGAAAAGAUCAGAUCUGAAAAUAAUUAUGAUGAGUGCGACCCUGAAUGCAGAGCUCUUCUCUCAAUACUUCAACAACUGCCCCACUAUCCAUAUACCAGGUCAUACAUUCCCAGUGGAGCAGUUUUUCCUUGAGGACGCCAUUGCUAAGACCAGGUAUGUGCUUGAAGAUGGAAGUUUAUACCGGCGUUCCAAAAAGCAGAGCGGUCCAGCCAAUCAGAGUGGCAGGCCUGGGAAGGGACGAGCUCUUGUCGAAGACUAUGAUGAUGAUAUUGUUGAUGGUUGGUCAUUCGGCUCCUUAAUGAAAAAGGAUUCGGUGAAAGACUCUGUGCCAGACCAGCAGCUCAGUCUUCAAGAGCUCACAGUCAGAUAUUCCAAUUGCUCAAAGUCUGUGGUGAAAACUUUGGCUACAUUAGACCUUGAGAAAAUCAACAUGGAUCUGAUCGAGAGUCUGCUUGAAUGGAUUGUAGGUGGAGACAACAGCUACCCACCAGGUGCUAUUUUGGUCUUCCUGCCAGGUCUAGCUGAAAUAAAGCUAUUAUAUGAGCAGCUGCAGUCUAACAGGAUGUUCAACAACAGAAGAGCUGACAGGUGUGUAGUGUAUCCACUCCACUCAUCUUUGUCAAAUGAGGAACAGCAAGCAGUCUUUACCCGUCCACCUGAGGGUGUGACCAAAAUCAUCAUCUCCACCAACAUUGCUGAGACUUCAGUCACCAUUGAUGAUGUGGUGUAUGUCAUAGACUCAGGCAGGAUGAAGGAGAAGAGGUACGAUGCCAGUCGCAGUAUGGAGAGUCUAGAGGACGUGUGGGUGUCUCGUGCAAACGCUCUUCAGAGGAAAGGUCGUGCUGGUCGUGUUGCAUCAGGCAUCUGCUUCCAUCUGUUCACGAGCCACCGCUUCACAUACCACCUGAGCGAACAGCAGCUUCCUGAGAUCCAGAGAGUUCCUCUAGAGCAGCUCUGUCUGAGGGUUAAAGUGUUGGAGGUGUUUGCAAAGUGUCCUCUGGGCUCAGUUUUCUCUCAGCUAAUUGAACCGCCAGCAGAGGGCAGCGUGGAGGCAGCUAAACAGCGCCUGUGUGCCCUAGGCGCUCUGACGGAUGACGAGUCUCUGACUCCUUUGGGCUGGCAUCUGGCCUGUCUGCCCGUGGACGUCCGCAUCGGUAAACUCAUGCUGUUGGGAGCCAUCUUCCGGUGCCUGGACCCUGCCCUCACCAUCGCUGCCAGCCUAGCUUUCAAGAGCCCAUUCGUGUCUCCCUGGGAUAAAAGAGAGGAAGCUAAUGAGAAGAAGUUAAGUUUUUCUCUGGCUAACAGUGACCAUCUGGCGUUGCUGCAGGCAUACAAGGGUUGGUGUAACGCAACACAGAAUGGCUCGAAGUCUGGUUAUCAGUAUUGCAGAGAGAACUUCCUUUCAAUCCGUGGCUUACAAGAAAUAGCAAGUCUUAAAAGGCAGUUUGCAGAGCUCCUGUCUGAUAUUGGCUUUGUGAAGGAUGGACUGAAAGCAAGAGUCAUUGAAAAAAUGAGCUCAAAAGGAAGUGAUGGGGUACUGGAGGCCACAGGCUAUGAGGCAAACCUGAACUCUGAUAACACAAAACUGAUGUCAGCCAUGUUGUGUGCUGCUCUCUACCCUAAUGUAGUGCAGGUGAGAUCCCCUCAGGGUAAAUAUAAGAUCACUGGUAAGGGUGCUAUGAAGAUGCAACCUAAAGCCGAGGAACUGCGUUUCCUGACCAAGAGCGAUGGAGCCGUCCACAUACACCCCUCAUCUGUGAACUUCUCUGUGCGCCACUAUAACAGCCCGUACCUGGUGUACCAUGAGAAAGUGAAGACCAGUCGAGUGUUUAUCCGUGACUGCAGCAUGGUGAGCGUGUAUCCCAUGGUGCUGUUUGGUGGAGGGCAAGUCAGCGUGGAGCUGCAGCGUGGAGAGUUCAUUAUCUCUCUGGAUGAUGGCUGGAUCAAAUUUGCCGCCACAUCUCAUGAGGUGGCUGAUCUGGUGAAGGAGCUGCGGUGGGAAUUGGAUCAGCUCUUAGAGGAAAAGAUCAAAAAUCCCAGUAUUGACCUAAUCAGCUGUCCACGAGGAUCACGCAUUAUACACACUAUAGUAUCACUCAUCUCAACACAGUAACACACACACACACACACACUCUCUCAUCCAAUAAACAGAAUGU